AUGUCACAAAUAUGUGAUGAUUUAAUUCAAAUGUUAUCAAAUUUAAAUGAAUUUUAUGAUAUAUUUGGAUUAGAAAUGAAAAUUGUUAUAGGUGAAGAACAAAUGGUUGAUCGUGUACUUGAAUAUGUAUCUGGUUUAAAAAAAACAUUUCUUUCAUGUCAUUUUGAUAUAUUUAAUCGUGAAAAUUCUCAACAAUGGUAUUCAUUUAUUGAAGAAUUUAAAUAUCAUUCAUCAAUUAUUGAACAAGAAGCAAAAAUUUUUAUACAUGCUUCUUUUACUUAA